CAGAGUCCCCUGCCACAGGCUCCUUUUCCCAGCACUGAACGCACCGGGGACAGCCUGAAGUACUCCCAGCCUGCCAUCUGCCUCCACCAGUGCCAGCCCGCACUGCUUUAAACCCAGGGCCUCCGGGCUCGCAUCCCAAAAUACACCCCAUGGGCCGCUCGGCCGGGGCUUGUCCCAGCAUUCCAGGGAGGGCCUGCUGACUCGAAGGUAUCCUCUGGCUUCUGGCCUCAGCCGCUCUGCCCGAGGCCCAGGACCUGCCACGGGCACCGUAGCCGCCACCUGAGACAGUGGCCGUGGGCGAGGAUGGAGCCUGUCCACCCGGCGCCACGUUUGCCCCCAGGGCCGGGAGACCCAGGCUGGCCCGCGCUGUUGAGUCAGGCGCUCACGGAAUCCCACACGUGUCCCAGACGGAGGAGUCUGCUGCGAGUGCGGGCCAUGGACUUCCUCACGUCCACCGCCAUCCUGCCCCUGCUCUUUGGCUGCCUGGGCAUCUUCGGCCUCUUCCGCCUGCUGCAGUGGAUGCGAGCCAGGGCGUACCUGCGGGGGGCUGUGGUGGUGAUAACGGGCGCCACGUCGGGUCUGGGGAGAGAAUGUGCCAAAGUCUUCCAUGCCGCUGGUGCCAAGCUGGUGCUCUGUGGCCGGAACGUGGAGGCCCUGGAAGAGCUCACCAAAGAACUCAGCGCUUCUCACGCCACCAAGGUGCAGACGCACAAGCCUCACACAGUGACCUUCGACCUCACAGACCCCGGGGCCGUAGCCACAGCAGCCGCCGAGAUCACACGGUGCUUCGGCCACGUGGACAUCCUCAUCAACAAUGCCGGCAUCAGCUACCGCGGGGCCGUCCAGGACACCACACUGGACGUGGACAAGAGGGUCAUGGAGACAAACUACUUCGGCCCGGUUGCUCUGACGAAAGCACUCCUGCCCGGCAUGCUCAGGAGGCGGCAGGGCCACGUCGUGGCCAUCAGCAGCGUCCAGGGCAGGAUCGGCAUCCCCUUCCGGUCGGCCUACGCGGCCUCCAAGCACGCGACCCAGGCCUUCUUCGACUGCCUGCGCGCCGAGGUGGAGCAGGAUGAGAUCGAGGUGACGGUCAUCAGCCCUGGCUACAUCCACACCAACCUGUCGGUCAACGCCGUCACGGCGGACGGCUCCCGAUACGGAGCCAUGGACCAGAACACAGCCCAGGGCCGCAGCCCCGCCGAGGUGGCGCGGGCCGUGCUGGCCGCCGUGGGGAGGAAGCAGAAGGACGUGGUGCUGGCCGACCUGCAGCCGUCCCUGGGCAUCUACCUGCGCACUCUGGCGCCCGGGCUCUUCUUCCGGCUCAUGGCCUCCAGGGCCAGGAAGGAACGCAAGGCCAAGGACUCCUAGGGCCGCCUCCUGCCUCCCCAGGGGUGAGGGGCAAAGGUGAGAGAUAAAAAUACGCAAUAAACAGCCAGGCCCCCGGUGCUCCAGGCCUGGAAGAAGCUCGCGUCUCUGAAUUCCAGCCCUGCCAGCUCCUGGAAGUCGGCGUCAGAACCGCCAUGUGCGAGGUCCGCACCGACUGCUGGGGUGCAGGCCACACCUAAAAGGAACCCCCAUCCCCCCCACCCGCUCUCAGCACAGCCCCUGGACGGCGGAUGAGCGCACUGGGCGACAGCGGCCGACAGGGGGCGCAGGAGGCUGCCCGGCCCAGCGUGCUCUGGGAAGCCGGCGGAGGGGCAGGGCCCGGACCCAGGCCCCUGGCGCAGGGCGGCCUGCAGUGGUUGGCCUGCUUCCACUCUGUAGGGGCUCCCUGAGCCAGCCUCACUUCUCAAGUUGAGGGAGCAGCCCACUGUACACUUCCCGAAAUUGGAAUAAAAUCCUCCCAGUGUGGACACCUUGCUCCGA